UGAUUCCACAGCCGGCUGAACAGCUAAAGCGUUCAGCUUUCAGCUGAACCUUGCUCAGAGUAGAGAGAGCAAAAAUGGAGAGACAGAGAUACCAGCCAAAACCCUAACUAAACCUCAGAGUCAGACUGAGAGAGAGAGAGAGAAAGAGAGAGAAUGCUGAGAAACUUUAAGCGGAUGCUGUGGCGUGGGGCGGAAACAUCUAGAAGGCUAUGUAGUGUAGCGUCACAGACAAAGGAUCGAGCUCAGAGUAGGUCACCGGCUCGGAGGUUCAGGGGAUCGAAAGAAGCUUCGAAUCUCUACCAUCGAAUAACACGUUUGGAGCCCAGCAAUGAAGGAGUGAUUCAAGCUAUGAACGACUGGGUGGUGAAUAAGGGAAAAACGAUUUGCAGGUACGACAUCUCCAACUUCGUCAAUCAGCUUCGCAAGUACAAGCAAUUUAGCCUUGCUCUCCAGCUACUGGAAUGGAUGGAAAGGAGGGGUAUGCACCUAACCUACGGCGAUCACGCCUACCGAAUAGACCUGUUAUGGAAAGCGGAGGGAAUAUUGUCAGCAGAGAAGUAUUUCACAGACCUACCGAAAUCCUUUCAAAACAAGUUCACCUAUGGAGCCCUUCUAAAUUGUUACUGCAAUGAGAAAAUGGUUGAUAAAGCAAUGGCCCACCUUAGGAAGAUGAGGGAACUGAACCUUGCUUCAAAUGCUCCUGCUUACAACAGUCUAAUGACCCUUCACAUGAAGCUAGGGGAGGCUGAGAAGGUUCCAGUUCUAGCACAGGAGAUGAAGGAGAAACUUAUUGAGCCAGAUAGUUUUACUUAUAAUAUAUUGAUGAGUAGUUAUGCCUCUCUUAAGGAUAUUGAAGGAGUGGAGAGAGUUAUGGAGGAAGUGAAAACAAGAAGUGAGAUUGAUGGCAACUGGACCAUGUAUGGGAGCCUGGCUGCAGUUUACAUUGCAUCUGGACUAUUUGAGAAAGCUCAGUUAGCACUGAAGGAGCUUGAGCAAAGAAAUAAACCUAAGGAUCGAGAGGCCUUUCAUUUCCUCCUCAGCAUGUAUGCAAGCAUUGGCAAUGCAGCAGAAGUUAACCGAGUUUGGCAAUCUCUAAAAUCUGCAUUUCAAAAGACAACAAAUCUCAGUUAUCUCACCAUGCUUCAAACUCUUGCUAGACUUGAUGAUUUGGAUGGCCUUGCAAAAUGCUUUGAGGAAUGGGAAUCAGGUUGCUCAAGCUAUGACAUAAGGUUGAUAAAUGUUCUGAUGGGUGCUUAUCUUAAGCGAGAUAUGAUUCAAGAAGCAAAAUUGCUUCUUGAGAAAGCCACAAGGAAGGGAUCGAACCCCAACUACGCAACUUUCAUGAUGUUCGUCGAUUUUUAUGUGAAGAAUCAAGACAUGGAUUGGGCACUUAAGUGUAUGGAUACAGCAAUCCCAAAGGUGAAGGAGCAUGAGUGGAAGCUAUAUCGAGAAAGAUCAUACUUUCUUCUGAAAAACUUUGAGGAAGAAAAGGAUGUUGAUCAUGCGGAGGAGCUUUACAGGAUCCUGAAGCGUGCUAAUUGCCUUGACCAGGAGGUAUACAAUUUUCUUAUUCGUACAUAUGUUGUAGCUGGAAUGGUGGAGCCUCAAAUGCGUCAGCGUAUGGAAGCUGAUGGGAUAGAGAUCAUGCCUGAAACUGAGAGGCUGCUUGAAAGUAUAUGUCCAGAUUAAUCUUCUAUAAUUGGGAUAUCAAAUGCAAUCGAUUAAAGAGGCCUUGAGGCUAGGCUUUGCUUUGUAAACAUCCAAGGCUAAUGAAAGCAAAAAGGGAAAACUCCGGGGUAGAACCAAUGCAUUCUUUAAUAUAUUUUUUGUGAGGAAUAAAUGCACUUGAAACUUAAGAGUC